CUGCCCCCUGACAGCUUGAUUUUUAGCCACUCCAGCCUUCUCCUGAGUGAUCAUCAAAGCUCCGGUUUACCAAUACAUGCAUGAAACAAUUCCUAUCAAUGGCUGCCCAGAGUUUCGUGCUCGUGCCACCGCAAAGGCAACAGUUGCUGCAUUUGCUGCUAGUGAAGGCCAUUCUCACCCACGUGUUGUGGAGCUGCCAAAAACUGACGAGGGCCUUGGCUUUAAUGUCAUGGGAGGAAAAGAGCAGAAUUCGCCAAUUUACAUUAGUCGCAUAAUUCCAGGUGGAGUGGCAGAACGACAAGGAGGACUGAAAAGAGGAGACCAGCUGCUUUCAGUAAAUGGAGUGAGUGUGGAAGGGGAACAUCAUGAGAAGGCAGUUGAAUUGUUGAAAGCAGCAAAAGACAGUGUUAAGCUUGUGGUGCGAUAUACACCAAAGGUGUUGGAUGAAAUGGAGGCUCGCUUUGAGAAGCUGAGGACCGCAAGACGCAGGCAACAACAACAGCUACUAAUUCAACAGCAGCAGCAGCAACAGCAACAGCAGGCACAGCAAAAUCACAUGUCGUAGGUUUUUCACCAGAAAGAAACACGGAUAAAUCAGUGGCAAUGAAACAAUUCCUCCAGGAGUCCAUUUUCCGAAAGGAUCAGAAGUGAAUGUGUUCUCAUUAUCCAGCAUAGAGUUGGGUCAAUAUUCCCUUGGCUAAGCUAUUUAAAAGCUUUUACUAUACAGGUGAUGUGUUCGAUAGUUAGGAGAACCUCUUUGUUUUGGACUUCCCCUCCGAUAUUUAUUGUAAUUAUAUAAUUUAGUAUUGUGUAAAGAGGAUUGAGCAGUCUGUAUUGAUGAAUUUAUUUCUAUCGUUGGAUCUGAGUGCCUGGGAUUAAGUCUAGAAAUCUACAUUGUUCGCUGGAUACCAAACUGCAUCAGUUUAGUGCACUAACAGAUAAGCACUCGUAUACACUCAAGAAUAAUAUCCUGUACUGUAUAUUGUAUAAUUUAAGACUCGUUGUUUGUAAGAAAAUUCAAUAUUUUUUCCUUACAAUAGUAAGUUAUUACAUUUAUACGGUUUUAUGUUUUUCGGCAGAGCAGAGUAUUUCCUUUUGUGUUUUGUAUGUCUAAGCAAUGUUAGAUACUGUAGCUGCCGCAAAUUUAGUAGAGAAUAUUGUAAUUUACAUAUAGCUAUUUUAUGUCAUUUAUGACCAUAUUGUAAAUGAGGCAGAUAUUUUAUCCCAAUGUGUUGUACAUGUUUAGUUGUUUUUUUCCCCUCUUAUUUUACUGUUUUAUAUAAUUUGUAACAUUUAUGUCUUCUCAGUGUUUAUAUUAAUCAUUUAUUGUCAGAAUUAAAUAUUUUUAAUUAC